UUAUUAGAGGAGCCCAUCCCAUCAGUAACUUGCAAAAUCUUCAACAUCGACGGCAUUUCAUCGAACACAUCGUGUGCAGGUCGAUCCAAAAUCCUCCAUCUACCACUGAACUUCUGCAACAUAAUCAGGUUGUAAACGAUGUCGUCCUCUAUCACCUUUCACUCGCAAUUGGCCUCCUCAUCACGAAUCCCCUCUUUCGAAUUUGUUUCCCGUGCAUCCACAAUCAAUCGCUCUGCACUGCGCUACCAACCUCGUACCGCCACCUUUGGCACCUUAAAAUUCAGCUCUCACGCUAUUAGGACUGGAGUUCCUGCAAGAAGAAUUGGAUGCUUUGCUGCAUUAAGCCCCGAGUUGAAGACUACUUUGGAUAAAGUUGUUACAUCACACAAGGUCAUCGUAUUCAUGAAGGGAACUAAGGACUUCCCACAAUGUGGCUUCUCAAACACAGUUGUUUCUAUUUUGAAGGCGGUAAAUGUACCGUUUGAAACAGUUAACAUUCUUGAAAACGAAAUGUUGCGUCAAGGGUUAAAGGAAUAUUCACAGUGGCCAACAUUUCCGCAACUUUACAUUGAUGGGGAGUUCUUUGGUGGUUGUGACAUAACCGUUGAUGCAUACAAGAGCGGGGAGUUGCAGGAAAUAUUGGAGAAGGCAUCAUUAUCCUGAUUGAUUCAGGUUUGUAUAAACCCUCCAUAAUUGUUGGAAAACAAACUAUAUACCAUGUUCCAUAUUCCAUGUGUUAUGUAUUUAAGUUUAUAAUAACUCGAAGGAGGUUUAAGUUGAUAUUUAUGAAAGGACAUGGUUCUAGUCACGUAUCAGACUUUCAUACAAUGUUUCUUUUCAAACCGACAUCAUGGUUUGUCGUUUCAGUA